AUGGCACAACCAAAAACCACACCUCAAUGGACUAUCUCGCCGGCCAACGGCCUCGAAAGCCUCCACCUCGACUCCUCGGUCCCGCUGCCAUCCCUCUCGGAAACAGACUGUCUCAUAGAAAUCGAAGCCAUCUCCCUGAACUACCGCGAUGUCGCCAUUCCCACAGGCCGCUACCCCAUGGCGCACAAGGACAACGUAGUCCCCUGCUCCGACGGCGCCGGGAAAGUCAUAGCCACAGGGUCCAAAGUGAAACUGCACAGCGUGGGCGACGCAGUAUGCACAUUGUUCAAUCAGGGACAUCUCUCGGGGUUCAUGACACCGGCGAUUAGGAAGACGAGUCUGGGGAGUCAGAAUGAUGGGGUUCUGAGGCGGUAUGCAGUGUUUCCGGAGACGGGGCUGGUUCCUGCGCCAAAGAGGUUUUCGAUGUUGGAGGCUUCGACGUUGCCUUGUGCGGCGGUCACGGCUUGGAAUGCGCUGACGGGGGUUGCUGGGAGGACUAUCCAGGAGGGCAACUAUGUUCUUGUUCAAGGGACUGGUGGGGUCAGCCUUUUUGCCGCACAGAUUGCUCUCGCGAUGGGUGCCAAAGUCAUCGCCACGACGUCCACGAACGAGAAGGCCGCUGAGCUCAAGAAUUUCGGAGUCCACCACAUCAUCAACUACAGAGAAGAUGCAAACUGGGGUGAGACCGCCCGCAGCUUGACUCCGAACUCCGAAGGUGUACACCAUAUCAUCGAAGUCGGCGGAGAGACGACCAUGGCGCAAUCACUCAAAGCCAUCCGGUACGAAGGUGUAAUCUCCCUGAUUGGCUUCUUAGGCGGCAAGCCGGGCGAGCAAAAGACAAGUUAUGAGGACUGUCUGAAAGCGAUAUGUCUCGUCCGCGGCAUCAGUGUCGGCUCCAGAGACCAGUUCGUUGCCAUGAAUGAGUUCAUUGACAAGUAUGAUAUCAAGCCGGUGAUCGACAAGCGUGUAUUCGGCUUCGAGGAGGCGCGGGAGGCGUAUCAGUAUAUGCUGGAUGCGAAGCACUGGGGCAAGAUUUGCAUCAAGGCCGCCGGAGUGUCGUAG